UGCAUAUAGCUGGUAGAAUCACGUUACAUGGGUUGGGUGUAUAUAAAAGUAGUGUUACGCUUUCGGUCUCUUAGUUGCCUUAGUAAGUUAUCUUUUGGAUUGUUCCUGAUUCUGCAAGCCUGCCCAGGGACUAUGGCGGGAGCAACAUGCGACAUGAGCAGUAUCCUAACAAACUAUAUUACAACGUUAUAUCCACCAAUCCAAGCUUACCCUGUGUCUGCUGCACUUUUAUUAAGCCAAGAUAAUGACAAGUUCCUUCCGUUUGCAAUUCCAGAACCGAAGAGUGAACUAACAGUGGACCCAUGUGGGUGGGCCCAGAACAUGCCAAACCUGUGGUCCAGAGAGCAGGUGUUGGACUGGUUCAGUUACAGUAUGGAGAGGAACAAGUGGGACGCAAGCACUAUAGAUCUGAAGCAAUGUGACAUGGAUGGGCAACGUCUUUGCCAACUCAGCAGGGCUGAUAUGAGGACGAUGUUUGGGGGACUUGGAGACAAGCUUUAUGAUCAUUUGUGCCAGCUUAAAGAAUGGCAUACUCCUCCAACAGUGAAUCCUGAAAUCGGGGAUUAUGAAUUAAAUGAAGGCCCGUUUGAGUGGGAUCUGAUCUGUGACCUAAUCCGAAAUGACGAUCAUCUGCAGCAUGGAAUCAAGAAGGAAAUAGAUUUUGACUGUUAUGGAGAUAGAACAACAGAUGCAGGUUAUUACUCCGAUCCGAUCUCUCCAGCAAGCCCUGCAUCAUGUGCAUCUGCAGGGACAUUGCCCUACAGCCCACAAGCUGGAGAUUCUUCAGCAGGAAGUGAUCUAGAUAUUAAAAGUCACUUGAACAGAGAUGUCUUCUCAAACAAAAGUGAUGGUACCCCAAACAAGAGAAGGCGGGGAAGACCCAGAAAGUUGAACUCCGGCUGCAGAGACAUCCUGGAGACAAAAAAGAGCAAGCAUGCAGCACGUGGUACACACCUCUGGGAGUUUAUCCGCGAUAUAUUGUUGCAUUCGGAUUUGAAUGAUGGCCUUUUGAAGUGGGAGGACAGAACCGAAGGGGUCUUCAAAUUCCUUCGCUCAGAGGCAGUAGCCCAACUGUGGGGACAAAAGAAGAAGAAUGCUAGUAUGACAUAUGAGAAACUUAGUCGAGCCAUGAGAUACUACUAUAAACGGGAAAUCCUCGAGCGUGUAGAUGGCCGCAGACUGGUAUAUAAAUUUGGGAAGAACGCCACUGGAUGGCAGCUGAGUGACAAAGUGUCUCAAGGAUGUUAAACGCAGAAUGGAAGAUACAUAGUGUGGAUAUUCUUCCACUGUGCAUAAUUACGUCAGAACUCAACCUUUUUUAUAAGGACGUUGAUGUAGCAUCAUUAUUACGGUGCCAAAAACUUAAGCUGAUAUUUUAGCUUCUGUAGGUUGUUGUAAACCAGUUUUAUUAUUGUAUUUGAGAUUUUUCUCAUUGAAAAUGUUUUCAGUUUCUUUAAAGUAGUUAAUGUGAAUUGUAAGCGAGCAAAGGGUUGCUAAUGUACACAAUCUAUUGUACAUCUGGGCUGAGUCCUAUUAAAGGGAUUCAAGUCAUUAGCUAAACAAACCUUUGCUGCAGCAGGGCUAUUCAUUAAUCUUCUUUUUUAACUCUUGAAUAUUUGAUUUGCGUAGUUUCUAUGAUAAUGUAUUUUUUUUUUUUUGUACCUCUAAAGGUAGAAAAGAAGUGUUUUCAAGUAAAUAUAUUGAAAAGGAAAGCUUUUGAGGUUGUAGAUUUUGAGAAGCUUCCCAUGCACAGCAUGACUUUUAGACUGGAUUGUUUUAGACCCAGUCUAUAAACAAAUGGCUUGUGUAUG